GUCUCUACACGAGACAUUCGGUACGUGUACGGCGUACUCUGCUGCCCGGUGGAUGUUUUUUUUAAGGUUCUUCUUUUCGACGUGAUUUAUUGGUAUUCAGUGUUUCAGUUAAUUACAUUGUAUUGAAUAAUCUCUGAGAUGUUUGAGGCCUCAGAAAAAAUUUGAGUUUUGUUGAAUUAGUGAGAUCUAGUGACGAAAAAGAAGAGAAGAGAAAUAAGUUGGAGGAAGAGAGAGGGGAAUGUUCGCGAGAUUUUCGAUGUACUGGAGAGACUGCGAAAUAAAUUAUGAAUUGUGGAAAAUGGAGAUAAAGGCUGAGUGGCCCAGAGGAUAAUUUCAGAGGAAUAGGAGUUUUUAAGAGUAGAAAACUAGUAAAAUUGAAAGAUGGAGUUGGACCAGGCCUGUCCUCGUUGUAAAACAACGAAAUAUAGGAAUCCCUCGUUGAAGUUGAUGGUGAAUGUCUGUGGACACAGCCUCUGUGAGAGCUGUGUGGAUCUUCUCUUUUUGAAAGGUUCAGGAUCAUGUCCAGAAUGCCUGAUCCCCCUUCGCCGUGGCAACUUCCGGGUGCAGAUGUUCGAGGACUCAAUGGUAGAAAAGGAAGUAGACAUUCGCAAAAGAAUCCUCCGAGACUUCAACAAAAAGGAAGACGACUUCGCCACCCCGCGCGACUACAACGACUACCUCGAAGAAAUCGAAACCCUGAUCUACAACCUCUCCAACAACAUCGACACGAUAGAGACCAACAAGCGAAUAGAUCAAUACAAACGUGACAACCGCGAGCAGAUCCUCAGGAACAAAAACAAAAUGGGAAGAACAGAGUCAGAGCUCCAAGAGUUGCUGGAGCUCCAGAAGCAACGAGAGGAGGAGAGGAGAUUAGAACUAGCUCGAGAAGAGUUGGAAAUAAAAAAGAAAAAGCUGAGAGAUAAAGAGGCCUUGAUUGACGAGCUCAUGUUUUCCGAGGGGAACGCGAAGAGUAUUGUUGAGACCUUCCAGUCCUCCAUUCAAGCCUCAAAAGAAAAAUCAAAAACCCCUCCGGCCCCUAGAGUAACUCAAUUCAGCACUGGAAUCAAAUUCGGUCAGUCUGCAGGCCAGAACUUCCUUCCAGUCCCCAAGGACGAUGGGCCCCUCUACAGCUACACCCCCCUUGCGAUGGAGAUCGAUGGUCCAACGGCCCCAACACUCAGAGAAAUCACUUCUCAUGGGUACAUCAACCACGUCAGGGCUGAGACAUCUACUGAACGGGCUGGAGGCUUCAAAGCCACCAUCGCCUGUCUACGCGCCCUCCAGGAAGCCAUGGCUGGGCUCUACCACAAUCCUUCACAGAGGAAUGAACCUAUGUCGUUGUGACAGUUAAUUUAUUGUAUUUAAUUGAUUAAUUAUCUCUGUAUCAUAAUUUUUGUACUUUUCAAUCUGUUAGAGACGAGGUAUAUUUUUUGUGGAUGAAA